CUUUAACAGGAAGUACCGUUAAAAGCAAUCCGUCUACUCUACAGAUGUUAGUCAUCACAAAUGUUUGUGAAUACGAGAUCCUACUGUUUGCGACAGCGGAGUUGUUAAAAAAAUAAUAAUCUGAUAUAGAUUUACAGUUAUUCGGAAGUAAACAUGGCUAAAGAAAAUUGGACCGGUUGGUCGGAUCUUUUAAAAAGGAGGCUAGCAAACUCCAACAGAGAUGAAAGAACACAAGAGGAAAAGAAAUGUGAAGAAAUGGAGCUGUUUGGCCAGUAUUAUUCCGAAUGGAAGGGUGGAAGUAACAAAAACAAAUCCUACAAGAACAUCCCUCGAUUCUACUUUAAGUUGCCUGCGGAAGAUGAAGUUUUGCUCCAGAAACUGAGAGAAGAAUCGAGAGCGGUUUUCCUUCAGAGGAAGAGCAGCGAACUAUUGGAUCACGAGGAACUCCAGAAUCUGUGGUUUCUGCUUGAGAAGCACCAGGUACCUCCAGUGAAUAGUGAAGAGGCCAUGAUAAGUUAUGAAGCCUACCUGCAGGUGGGCGAAUUGGCUGGACCCAAGUGCAACAAAUUCUUCACAGCCAGAUUGUAUGCCAAGCUGCUCCACAGCGAUCCCUACGGCAGGAUCUCCAUCAUGCAGUUCUUCAAUUAUGUGAUGAGGAAAGUGUGGCUGCAUCAGACCCGUAUUGGUCUGAGUCUCUACGAUGUGGCAGGACAGGGCUACCUCAGGGAGUCUGAUCUGGAAAACUAUAUAUUGGAGUUGAUCCCAACGCUACCUCAGCUGGAUGGACUGGAGAAGUCGUUUUACUCUUUUUAUGUCUGCACCGCUGUCCGCAAGUUUUUCUUUUUCCUUGACCCGCUUCGUACUGGAAAGAUUAAAAUCCAGGACAUCCUGGCCUGCAGUUUUUUGGAUGAUCUAUUAGAGUUAAGAGAUGAGGAGUCUAAGGAGAGUCAAGAGUCCAACUGGUUCUCUGCACCUUCAGCUCUCAGAGUCUAUGGGCAGUACCUCAACCUGGAUAAGGACCACAAUGGCAUGUUGAGCAAGGAGGAGUUGUCACGCUAUGGCACAGCCACGCUCACCUCAGUCUUCCUCGAACGAGUAUUUCAGGAGUGCCUCACGUACGACGGAGAAAUGGAUUACAAGACUUAUUUAGACUUUGUAUUGGCCUUGGAAAACAAGAAGGAGCCAGCAGCACUGCAGUAUAUUUUUAAGCUUUUAGACAUGGACAACCAAGGAUACCUCAAUGUCUUCUCCCUCAACUAUUUCUUCAGGGCCAUCCAGGAGCAGAUGAAAGUGCACUGUCAAGUGCCUGUCUCCUUCCAGGAUGUCAAGGAUGAGAUCUUUGACAUGGUGAAGCCUAAAGACCCCUAUAAGAUCACACUCCAGGACUUGGUGAACAGUUGCCAGGGCGACACGGUCACCAGCAUCCUGAUUGACCUCAAUGGCUUCUGGACUUACGAGAACAGAGAAGCGCCUGUUGCCAAUGACACUGACAGCACUAACACAGCCAGUAAUGAGGACUCCUAAACAAGAAGAGAAGUGUUCAGGCCAGUGGGACAGUUGCAACACACCGAGCGAGAAUAGUCCACAUGACUUCUCUUGUUAAUCAGAAUUGCUUGGUGUGCUUUUUAAGACCCAAAACAAGUAACAACAGCCAGAACCAUUAAAUAAUUUGUUUUAUUAUUUUGAAAUGAAAACCUGAUGAUAAAAGUGAAAUCCUGCGGAGUUAGGAUGACAUCAUAUCGUCAAGAUGCAUAGAGAGCAUAUAGGCACUAGGAGUUGUGAAAUGGAGUGCAACUCUGCGUUUAUGCUACCGCCUCGGAUAGUGUUAAAUAAACCUGCGGUGUCCUUGUCAAAA